AUGUUUCCAAAAUGCUACAGCUUCAGUUUGAUCGACAAAGUAUGCGAGUUUGCAAUGGAAUAUAUGGCCAAUGCUGCUGAACGCGAACGCGGCGAGACUUUGGAGGCAGCUGACGGAGACGUCGUAGCCAGGAAGACCUUCGGUGAGGCUGUUUGGAUUCUGGUAGGAGCUCCGGCUGUGUCCGACUCUGAGGUGGUCUUUUUCAGCGACGACGAAUCGGACGAGGACGACUGGGAGGAGGAUGACGUGCUGCUGGAGGAAGGUCCCGAGGUGAUCGACCCGCCGGCGACGAACAACGGUGUCGAAGGUUGCGGCGAGCAAGUGGGCAGACGUGCGGUGGACAUGUCCAGGGACGAGGAUGAGUACGUGGACAUUGAAGGGAUGUCCGACUCUGAGGAGCACGACUAUGACGGUGAGGUCGUCGACUGACCUCUCGGUUUUUGUUCGUUGAUGUGUUGCUGCUAUUCUCUUGCUUCCAUCGAUGGUCUGAUACUCUGAUGACAUCUACCUAGCAGGCUUCGACAUUUACUACAGCAAUAUAAACUGUUAUGCCAGAUGCCAGUGUUAAGCAUCUCGUGUUAUUAAUUUC